AUGCUCCGUGGCGCAAGGGUGCAGACCCUCAACCGCGCGGCCCUCCGUGCCGCCCGCAAGAACCAGGCCGUCUUUGCCGCUGCCCGCAACCUCGCGACCAAGGCGUCCCCGGCCCAGGUCGCCAGCGCCGCCCUCCCCCGCCCCGCCCAGCUCAAGGCCGCCGCCCCCCGUGCCUACGCCACCGCCGCCGGCAACAAGGUCGGCAAGAUCAAGCAGGUCAUCGGUGCCGUCGUCGAUGUCCAGUUUGACACCGAGGACCUCCCGCCCAUCCUCAACGCCCUCGAGAUCCAGGGCACCCCCCAGCGCCUCGUUCUCGAGGUCGCCAUGCACCUCGGCGAGAACACGGUCCGCACCAUCGCCAUGGACGGUACCGAGGGUCUCGUCCGUGGCCAGGACUGCGUCGACACCGGCGCGCCCAUCCAGAUCCCCGUUGGACCUGGCUGCCUCGGCCGCAUCAUCAACGUCAUCGGCGAGCCGAUUGACGAGCGCGGCCCGAUCAAGGCCGUCAAGACGCUCCCCAUCCACGCCGACCCGCCCGCGUACGUCGACCAGUCGACCGCGCCCGAGGUCCUCGAGACCGGCAUCAAGGUCGUCGACCUCCUCGCCCCCUACGCCCGUGGUGGAAAGAUUGGCCUCUUCGGCGGUGCCGGUGUCGGAAAGACCGUCUUGAUUCAGGAGCUCAUCAACAACGUCGCCAAGGCCCACGGUGGUUACUCUGUCUUCACCGGUGUCGGCGAGCGUACCCGUGAGGGUAACGACUUGUACCACGAGAUGAUCGAGACCGGUGUCAUCCAGCUCGAGAACGACAAGUCCAAGUGCGCGCUCGUGUUCGGACAGAUGAACGAGCCCCCCGGCGCCCGUGCCCGUGUCGCCCUUACCGGUCUCACCAUCGCCGAGUACUUCCGCGACGAGGAGGGACAAGACGUGCUUCUCUUCAUCGACAACAUCUUCCGUUUCACCCAGGCCGGUUCGGAGGUGUCUGCCCUUCUCGGUCGUAUCCCCUCGGCUGUCGGAUACCAGCCCACCCUCGCCACCGACAUGGGUGGCAUGCAGGAGCGUAUCACCACCACCAAGAAGGGAUCGAUCACCUGUGUCCAGGCCGUCUACGUCCCUGCCGACGACUUGACUGACCCGGCUCCCGCCACCACCUUCGCCCACUUGGACGCGACCACGACCCUCUCGCGUGGUAUCGCCGAGUUGGGUAUCUACCCCGCCGUCGACCCGCUCGACUCCAAGUCGCGCAUGCUCGACCCGCGUAUCGUCGGACAGGAGCACUACGACGUCGCCACCUCGACCCAGAAGCUCCUCCAGGACUACAAGGGUCUCCAGGACAUCAUCGCCAUUCUCGGAAUGGACGAGUUGUCCGAGGCUGACAAGCUCACCGUCGAGCGCGCACGCAAGGUUCAGCGUUUCAUGUCGCAGCCGUUCGCCGUCGCCGAGGUCUUCACCGGUAUCGAGGGCGCCCUCGUCCCCUUGAAGAAGACUGUCGAGUCGUUCAAGUCGAUCCUCGCCGGCGAGUACGACCACCUCCCCGAGAACGCUUUCUACAUGGUCGGCGACAUCGACUCGGUUGUUGCCAAGGCUGAGAAGCUCGCGGCUGAGAUGGCCGAGGGCAACUAA